AUGAGUCUCGACCAGUUUCUACAACGCUCUAAGGUCCUGUCGCUCUACCGCACUAUUUUACGUGGCACCAAGCGCAUUGGCGAUCCUACAACAAAGGCAGAAUCUCGCAGGUACGCCCGCGAUGAGUUCGAGAGGCACCGUGGCGUGACGGAUUCGGAAAAGGCUCACGUCAGGUAUCUGCUGUCGACGGGUAAGACUGAAUGGGAGGGGAUGGAGAGGUAUGUCGAUGGUAUGUAG